AUGUCUGUUUCGCUUGGGGGUGCCUCUGGCAUUUUCGCAUUCCUCUCAUUUCCCGGUUCUGCUUUUCUCGUCAGCACGAUAUCGUGGAUUAGCCUGGCUUUGGGCCUCUUCUUCAGCGUUCCCUUUGUUCUUUGCGUCAUUUUCGACAUCCUGUUAUGGGUCUGGAGAACGUACUGCAUCUCGACGCAAGAGGCGCAGAUCCCCGCGAGAGCCGAUACAACGACAACAAACAUCACCACCAAGGCGACAACUACUAGUUCCGAGCAACACGCGCCACCGGCGGUGCGACGAUAA